AUGGCCCUGCGCAAGGAGCUGCUCAAGUCCAUCUGGUACGCCUUCACCGCGCUGGACGUGGAGAAGAGCGGCAAGGUCUCCAAGUCUCAGCUCAAGGUGCUGUCCCACAACCUGUACACGGUCCUGCACAUCCCCCAUGACCCGGUGGCUCUGGAGGAACACUUCCGAGACGAUGAUGACGGUCCUGUGUCCAGCCAGGGCUACAUGCCCUACCUCAACAAGUACAUCCUGGACAAGGUGGAGGAGGGAGCUUUCAUUAAGGAGCACUUUGAUGAGCUCUGUUGGACUCUGACGGCCAAGAAGAACUACCGGGUGGACAGCAACGGGAACAGCCUACUCUCCAAUCAGGAUGCCUUCCGCCUCUGGUGCCUCUUCAACUUCUUAUCGGAAGACAAGUACCCCCUGAUCAUGGUUCCUGACGAGGUGGAAUACCUGCUGAAGAAGGUGCUCAGCAGCAUGAGCUUGGAGCUGGGCUUGGGCGAGCUGGAGGAGCUGCUGGCGCAGGAGGCCCAGGAGGCCCAGAGCACCGGGGGGCUCAGCGUCUGGCAGUUCUUGGAGCUCUUCAACUCGGGCCGCUGCCUCCGGGGCGUGGGGCGGGACACCCUCAGCAUGGCCAUCCAUGAGGUCUACCAGGAGCUCAUCCAGGAUGUCCUGAAGCAGGGGUACCUGUGGAAGCGAGGGCACCUGAGGAGGAACUGGGCCGAACGCUGGUUCCAGCUGCAGCCCAGCUGCCUCUGCUACUUUGGGAGUGAAGAGUGCAAGGAGCAGCGAGGCACUAUCCCGCUGGACCCGCACUGCUGUGUGGAGGUGUUGCCGGACCGCGACGGGAAGCGCUGCAUGUUCUGUGUGAAGACCGCCUCCCGCACCUAUGAGAUGAGCGCCUCCGACACUCGCCAGCGCCAGGAGUGGACCGCUGCCAUCCAGACGGCGAUCCGGCUGCAGGCCGAGGGGAAGACGUCGCUGCACAAGGACCUGAAGCAGAAGCGGCGCGAGCAGCGCGAGCAGCGGGAGAAGCGCCGGGCGGCCAAGGAGGAGGAGCUGCUGCGGCUGCAGCAGCUGCAGGAGGAGAAGGAGCGGAAGCUGCAGGAGCUGGAGCUGCUGCAGGAGGCCCAGCGGCAGGCCGAGCGCCUGCUGCAGGAGGAGGAGGACCGGCGCCGCAGCCAGCACCAGGAGCUGCAGCAGGCGCUCGAGUGCCAACUGCGCGAAGCCGAGCAGGCCCGUGCCUCCAUGCAGGCUGAGAUGGAGCUGAAGGAGGAGGAGGCUGCCCGGCAGCGGCAGCGCAUCGAGGAGCUGGAGGAGAUGCAGCAGCGGCUGCAGGAGGCACUGCAUCUGGAGGUGAAAGCUCGGCGGGACGAGGAGUCUGUGCGCCUAGCCCAGACCAGACUGCUGGAGGAGGAGGAGGAGAAGCUGAAGCAGUUGAUGCAGCUGAAGGAGGACCAGGAGCGCUACAUCGAGCAGGCGCAGCAGGAGAAAGAAGAACUGCAGCAGGAGAUGGCGCAGCAGAGUCGCUCCCUGCAGCAAGCCCAGCUGCAGCUGGAGGAGGUGCGGCAGAACCGGCAGAGGGCUGACGAGGACGUGGAGGCUGCCCAGCGGAAGCUGCGCCAGGCCAGCACCAAUGUGAAACACUGGAACAUCCAGAUGAACCGCCUCAUGCAUCCCAUUGAGCCUGGAGACAAGCGCCCCACCACCAGCAGCUCCUUCACCGGCUUCCAGGCCCCUCUGCUCACCCGCCGUGACUCCUCCUUGAAGCGCCUGACCCGCUGGGGGUCCCAGGGCAGUAGGACCCCUUUGGCCAACAGCAGUGAGCCGCAGAAGUCCCUCAAUGGCGAAAAGGACACUCCUGCCCCAGCUUCCACUCCUCAAGAAGAUAAACUGGACCCAGCACCAGAAAAUUAGCCUCUGCUAGUCCUUUGUGCCCCACUCAAUCUCCAGCCCACUGAGACCCAGCCACAGCUGGCUUAUGGGUGACACUCAUCCCUGUUGGUGCCAGGGGUCCAGGCCCGGUUGGCACCUGCUUCAUCUUUCACACUAGCGCCACGCCCCAGACGACUGAGGCUGCUCUCAUGCUUGAGAGCCGGGUCCUGUGCCUUAGUCCCAAACGACCUGGUCUGGGAAAGAGAGUGAAAAAAAAAAAAAGUACUGGAAGAGUUAUCAGCCCCCAGGAUGCCACCAAGUUAUGGAGGCAGAGGUCUAAAUUUUAAAACAAACCAAACAAAUUUUUUAAUUGCUCUUGAAAUGAAUAAGUGGCUCAGGUCUGCAGUCCACCUUUUACUGCUGCUCCCUCUCUCCUUCAAAUCCAAGUCUAGAUCCAAGUGGAACAAGCUGGCAUUCUUCUAGCAAGUAAUGUUCAACAACGAAACCAUGAACUGCUGGCGUGGGGAGCCCAUCUGUUCAUCAGGAGAUAUACUCCCAGUGUAUUUUUAAAUAUUUGUGUUCAAUAUUUAUAAAAAAAACCCCACCAAACUAAUAUUCACGUUGCUUUGAUCAACUGGGUAUUAUUAAUAUUUUUAAUGGCCACGCAAGUCAAAAGAACAUUUUUCACCCAGAGUUUUAUAAUUACAUGGAACUUUCGACAUUUUUACCAUAUAUAUAUAU